AUGGCAAGAGAUUGCAUUCAUUCAAAUCCUCAUGUUGAUUAUAAAUUAAGGUUAAUUGGAAAAAGAGAACAAGAUGGAAGGACGUAUAACUUACCAACUUCUUCCGAGGUUGCAUCAUUAAUUGUCGGUGACUUUUGUGAAUCGAUUGAAAAAAGAGAUAUCGUUGUUCAAACUUCCUCAGGAUUACUACAACGUAUUAGUGAAUUGCAUCCUUCUUACCUUGCUCUUCAGUAUCCAUUACUAUUUCCAUACGGAGAUGAUGGUUACAGAGUUGACAUCCUUCAUAGAGGUGUUACAUCUUCUAGCAACAGCAAGCGGACAACCUGUACAAUGAGAGAAUUUUUUGCUUACAGAAUUCAGGACAGGGAUCAUUCGUUCUCACUAAUCGUAAAUGCAAAAAGGUUGUUCCAACAAUUUUUGGUAGAUGGUUAUACAAUGAUUGAAAGUGAGAGAUUAUAUUUCAUUCGUAAUCAACAAAAAAUUCUGAGAUGUACGUCUUAUGAGAAUUUGCGUAGCCAACAAGCUGAUGGGAAUACAGAUAUUUCCAAUGUCGUACAACGUGUCAUCUUACCUUCUUCAUUUACCGGUGGUGCGCGCUAUAUGAUGCAAAACUAUUUGGACGCCAUGUCGCUCUGUAAAUGGUUCGGAUAUCCAGAUUUUUUCAUAACCUUUACGUGUAAUCCAAAAUGGCCAGAAGUUAAAAGGUUUCUUAAGUACACAUCACUUAGUCCAGAAGAUAGACCGGAUAUCUUAUGUAGGUUAUUUAAGAUCAAGCUUGAUGCAUUUAUUAAAGAUUUAAGGGAAAAUGAAAUUUUCGGGAAGGUUCAAGCAGGAUCUUCCAUAAAGUAUUUAUUUAAAUAUAUAAACAAGGGUCCUGAUAGAGCUACUGUUACUAUGGUGCAAAGCGAUAAUGAUUCUGAUAACACCGAUGCAGUGGAUGAAAUAAAAGAAUACUAUGAUUGUAGAUAUAUAUCUGCAUGUGAAGCGUCAUGUCGUAUUUUUAAAUACGAUGUUCAUUAUAGGUAUCCUGCUGUCAUUAGGCUACCUUUUCAUCUUCCUGGUCAACAACAAGUUGUAUAUGAGGCUGACGACGAUAUUGAAAAUGUUCUUAACAAGCCUUCAAUUGUUUCUUCAAUGUUCACCGGUUGGAUGAAGUGUAAUGAAAUUAACAAAGAAGCUAGGAAACUUACAUAUGUUGAAUUUCCUACAAAAUUUGUUUGGAAAUCUAAUCUUCUUAUUUGGAAGCCAAGGGAAAUUGGAUAUACGAUUGGUAGAAUUCAUUCAGUUUCACCUAAGCUAGGCGAAGCAUAUUUCUUAAGGAUUCUUUUAAAUAAAGUUAAAGGUCCAAAAUCAUUUGAAGAAAUUCGCACAGUCAAUGGUGAAAUAUGUUCUACUUUCAAAGAUGCAUGCUAUAAUCUAGGCCUUUUGGAUGAUGACAAAGAAUACAUUGAUGCAAUUAAGGAAGCAAGUCUUUCUGGAUCUGGUUUUUAUCUACGAUUCUUAUUUGCUACGAUGUUAUUGUCCAAUAGUUUGUCUAAACCAGAGAUUGUUUGGGAAAACACAUGGGAUAUCUUGUCAGGUGGAAUUCUUUACAAUCAACAACAAAGAUUAAAGUCUCCAGGUUUAUCAUUAAACGAAGAUCAACUUAAAAACUUGACUUUGUUUGAGAUAGAACAGAUUCUACUCCCUAACAAUUCCAAUCUUAAAAUAUAUACAAGGAUGCCUUACCCAGAUGUUGAUUCCGUUUCAUCUGCAAACAAUCGUCUUAUUAGUGAGGAGCUGGAUUAUGACAUACCAAUUUUAAAGAAUGAGUUUGAUCGGCUGUUUCUUGCAUUAACAAACGAACAACGCAAUAUUUUUCUUGAUAUCAUGGGUGCAGUUAAAGAUAAUAAGGGAGGUGUAUUCUUCGUUUAUGGUUAUGGUGGAACGGGUAAAACAUUUCUUUGGAAGACAAUUUCUACAGCUAUUAGAGCCCAACGUGAGAUUGUUUUAAAUGUUGCAUCAAGUGGGAUCGCUUCAUUAUUAUUGACUGGAGGCAGGACAACACACUCUAGGUUUAUAAUUCCACUAACUCUUAACGAAGAUUUUGUUUGUAGAAUAGAUCCAGAUAGUGAUCUCGCAAGUUUAGUAAGAAAAACCUCAUUGAUCAUUUGGGAUGAAGCACCCAUGUCGCUCAAUUGGGAACAAGGGUUUUCCCUAAAAUACUCUGUCGAAUCUAUUCUUCUCUACUGCCAGAUCAUUGAUCUCGUUACUGCCUCUCACCUGUCUAGGGAUGUCAAGGAGGGCAAACGGGAGCGGAUAUAG